AUGUACCAGAGCUUAGCCAUGGCAGCCAACCCCGGCCCUCCGGCGUACGAGGGGGCAGGUGGCUUCAUGCACAGCGCGGCCGCAGCGUCCCCGGUCUAUGUGCCCACCACGAGGGUCACCUCCAUGCUCCCCAGCCUGCCCUACCUGCAGAGCAGCGGCUCUUCCCAGCAAGGCAGCCCCGUCUCCAGCCACUCCAUCUGGACUCAGCCCGGAGCCGAAAGCGCCGCUUACAACCCUGGAUCUUCUCACCCUCCCGUGUCACCUCGGUUCUCCUUCUCCACCAGCACUCCCAUCCCGGCCACCUCUUCCCGGGAAGCGGCGGCGGCUUACAGCAGCUCCUUGAACCUUUCUGCUAACGGGAGGGAGCAGUACAGCAGGGGUUUCGGCAGCUCCUAUUCCAGCCCCUACCCGGCCUACAUGAGCCCCGAAAUGGCCACGACCUGGACUUCCUCGCCCUUUGACAGCCCCAUGCUGCACAACCUGCAGAGCCGAGGGACGCCCGCGGCCGCCCGCCACGCCAACAUCGCAGAAUUUUUUGAUGAUUAUUCUGAGGGGCGAGAAUGUGUCAACUGUGGGGCCAUGUCCACGCCGCUGUGGAGGAGGGACGGCACGGGGCACUACCUCUGCAAUGCCUGCGGGCUCUACCACAAGAUGAACGGCAUCAACCGGCCCCUGUUCAAACCCCAGAGGAGGCUGUCAGCAUCCCGCCGCGUUGGGCUCUCCUGUGCCAACUGCCACACGACGACCACCACGCUCUGGCGCAGGAACGCCGAGGGGGAGCCCGUCUGCAAUGCCUGCGGGCUCUACAUGAAGCUCCAUGGGGUCCCAAGGCCUUUAGCCAUGAGAAAAGAGGGAAUUCAGAAGAAACGCAAGCCUAAGAACCUUAACAAAACAAAGGCACCAGCAGGCCCAUCCAGCAGCGAGAGUCUUACCCCGACCACCAGCUCCACCAGCAGCAGCAGCAGCAGCACCACGACCACCGAGGAAAUGCGCCCCAUCAAAACAGAACCUGGGCUCUCAUCUCACUAUGGGCACCCCAGCCCUGUUUCUCAGGCAUUCUCAGUCUCUGCCAUGUCCGGACAUGGAUCAUCCAUUCACCCUGCGAUCUCAGCUCUGAAGCUUUCCCCCCAGGCUUACCAGUCAGCCAUGAGCCAGUCUCCCCAAACCAGCUCCAAACAGGACUCCUGGAACAGCCUGGUGCUGGCUGAGAACCACGGGGACAUCAUAACUGCAUAACCUGGCCCUUUCCCUAUGAACUCCAGGCUGAUCCGCUUGAGAGAUGAAGAAGAUGCCACGUAAUCAUCAAGUCAAUGUUGUCUCCACCUCCCCUGCUCUCCUGCCUUCUCUCCCCUUGUGAGAUGUUCCAGCAAAGAGGUAAAGAGAACUUAUCCAAGGUGUAGGGGAGCUCUUAUGAAAUGAACAGAGAAGACUCAAAUCUCAGAGUAUCUCAAGGAUUUGAAGCCUUUUUUCCCCACUUUAAAUGAGCCUCUCUAUUUGACUGUCACCGCGUACUAUGAAACAGCCAGAAACACAGAGAUGGACACAGUUCUUGAGUUUUAUUUAACAAUAUCUGGCAUUUAAAAACUCAGACAGAGACAAUUCUUCUGUCACCACCCAUUCUUUUCCCUAACAGAAGAAAAUGCCAUUGUUUUCUCAUGACCCAAAUUCAGUGAUCUUCCACCAAACGGAGCCAGUUCCAGGACAGUUUGCUGAAAAGACUUCACUAGGGAUUCUUUAGUGGCUUUAGUGGAUUUGAUAUGAUGUAGGGCAGAGAAAAAAAGAUAUAUCCCCCUUCCUCCGCAGCUCACACAUGUAGAGCAUUGUCUUCAUUUUUCUAGAUGGUCUGGAAAGCUCAUGAAUGUCCGUAUUUAAUAGUAACUCCUUUCCUAUUUAUCACUACGAAAUCAUUGGACUGUGUUUCCAAAAGGUUGUUGGCUGAGCCUGGAGUAGGUCUGUCCAAAGUCAAAGGAGGAUUUUGGAAGAAGGAACCUUCUGGAAGAAGGUAGAUGAGACCCAUGCUGGCCAUCAAAUCCUGGAGUAAAUGGCUGGGCUCUUCCCUGAUGGAUAGCGACAAGCCAGGUUUAGAGAUGAUUCAGGAGCACAGCAAGUGAAAGAUGCUCUUCUAACGCUGCUGGGCCACUGCUUCUCAGACAGAUAAUUUAAUUAUUUUGCCUAUUUUUAUGUUGGUUUGGAUGCCACUGAUGAAAUCUGACUGUCACUUAUUUUGGCUGUACUGUGAGUGCCCACUUUCCCCCUAACAGCUGGCUCGUGACCAUUUCCCACAUCUAAUCCUUUAGGAUUUCACUUUUUGCAACAAGCAGUGGCUUCAGCCCCUACUGGAGGUGGCAGGGGCUGUUUUCCUUAUCAAGCAUGUGCACAGACUUGCUUGCCUGCAAGAGAAGCACAACUCCAUUAAACAAGACUCGACUGUUUGCUUGCCCAUAAGGCUCUCAGCUACCAGGGAAUCCUGGCAAAUGGAGUCGGAGGAGAUGCGAAGAGCAGGACUCAUUCCCUUUUCCCAAAGGGAUCAGUCCUGCCUAAUCCAGCCCUGACUGCUCUGCCUCUGGUUUAACAGACUCAAACUCCAGCAUGGCAGACGCCACAGCUCCCCUGGGCAGUCCAAGUGCUUCACCAGAUGCUUCCCAUGACGUUUGCAUCAACGUUUCCAAGGAAGGACAGCUUUGCCUGUCCACGCAGAGAGUUCCUGGGAGACCUCAUCCUGCAAGAUUCUUCACUCUGGUUUCUGUCUGCUCCCAAGCUCUGUUACCCUUCUUGCCUUCCCAGCUCCUCUCUUUUCCUCCCCACAUCCAGAACUUGAGUGCAGAGCUACCAAGUGAAAAAUCUCCAAGGGGGAUUGUGCAACCUUCCCAAAUGUGCCACCCUCUGCCUCCCACUCCACAAGGAGUGUUCUUCCACACAAACUAAGGCACAUGACUUGGUGAAGAGGAGAGCCACGGACAAGUUUGAAGCAAAAGAAUGGCAUUGUGUUGUCUUUGCUUGAACUCACCCUUUUCCUCCCUGUGGUGUAAAAGCUUCUCUAAGGAGAAGGAUUCAACUGGACUGGUCAUGACUGGAGAGUCCUGGACCCUCCCGCAUCCCCCAUUCUCUCCAUAGCUCAGAUUUGCAGGGUUUUGUAGGGGUGACAGAGCCUCCACACUCCCUAGAGAAAAGCACCAUGGCAAUGGUGCCUUGGGAACAGCUGGGUGGUGUUUGCACCAGUUCCCACUGCUUUGUGGAGCUAAUGCAGUGUUUAGCCUCAUUAGUGCUAAUUACACAUGAGGGAAAGACAUUUAUGAAACAUGAAAUAUAAAGAAAUGAAAUACUGUGAUUGUGUUCAGAUAUGCUAGGCUUUAGAGAAGAGGCCAGAAAUAGCCCUGAAAAAUUUGGAUUUGAGGUGAAAACACAAAGGUGUUUCUCCAUUGGCAGGAAGAUCUUUUGCCAAAUGCCUCCUUAAGUAAAUCCCUUUGUAAAUGGCAGUUGAGCUCUCCCGGGAUCUGGCUGUGAAUUCCUGGCCAUAACACAGCAGCCUGCACCACAAAAUGCCACAUGGCUCACGUCAACUUUUGAGACAUCCAGAACUACCCUGGAAAGCCCCAAGAGAGACUGGAGCCUCCUGAUGAGGAUUAAAAGUCCAGAUCAACCACAUCCCCAUUUAUACUUCCAUCUGGAGGCUCACACUGGUUCUACCUUCCCUUCCCUAUUGCUGUGCUCCACCUCCUUCCCUCAAAGCCAAAUUCCCCGGUGGAAUUUUUCUCCUGCCCUUAAAACCCACUCAGAGAUGCCAGAAAGAACUCUGCUUAUAAUGCCAGAAGGAAAAAUCCCUGCAGAACAUAUCUGCCUUAUGUCUCCUUGGUAGAGAUUUUUUAACUGGAUUUAAGCCUUCCUCAAAGCCUGAAAAAAAAAUUCUUGAAACAGAGUGAGGAGCA